AUCGCAAUAAAGCGACUGACAGAUCGACAGAUGAGUGUGUGCUAGAGUGUAAUAAAUGAGCAAACUACAUCGAUACGAUGUAGAAAUAGCAAAAUUGUUGCCGUUUACUCGACACUCCCAGACAAAUAAUAAAAUCUGAGAUAUUGUAUGACAGAAACCGUACCAGGAAACUAGCAAAUAAUGCAGAUAAGAGGUGGAGUAUGAUGAAGAUGUACAAAGAAAUCACGUUAGUAACAUUCCUCAUAGAAGGUUUCAAAAUGGAGUAUAUACAUUUGUUGUUCUAAGAACGUGUGUUUUUGUUUAUACUACAAUUUAAAGAAUGAACUCGGUGUGAUAAUAUAUAAGAAUAUAUGCCCAUUUAUUAUUAACAUCUCUCGCAAGGUGAUUUUCCGAUAUUCUUGGCCACUUCAUUGUGGAUGCUGGAAGUAUGACCUUUGCAUCACAUCAAUGUAAGGUAUUACUACAUUGGAAUGGGGAACUUGUCUGAAGAUAUGAUUAGAAAUUUCUCCCACACCAAGCCUCCAGGGAGAGAGCUUUGCCGAUGACAGCACUCUACACGCAGGCAUCCAGUGUUGAAGCCUUGAGUACUCCUCACAUGUUCAGGGUGCUGCCGCUCCGACUACAUUGUCUCAGAGGAGGGUUGUUCGAUUGAUCAGUGACACUUCUCUAACAGACGUGCCAUGCAGACCCGCCAUCCCAAUUCUGUCGAACUCCGUGCAUCGAAAACUGCCUGUGAUGCAUCCGUGUAUGGUUUGUGAGCGUUGGCGUGGCCUGGCGAAAAGGGCGGCGCUUGACGCUGCUCGAGCCGCAUAAUGGCGUAUUCCUAUUGGCUGCCGCUGCUGGUCGCGGUGGCCAGCGGCCUCUGGGUGGGGGCAGGGGGAGGGGCCAAUGCACAGAUACUCGCUCAGUUCCCCGGCCCCCAGGAGCCCCCAGCCAGGUUCUGGCACAUGCAGCUCGACCCUACUUCUGGCAGAGCCUAUGCGGCAGCUACCAACAGGCUAUUCCAGCUGGACCCCAAUGUCAGGCCGGAGCAUAUCGUUAUUACAGGGCCCAAAAACGACAGCACUCAAUGUCAUGCAGCUGGAUGCGGGGAUUCUGGUAUCCAGUUAUCUCUAACGGAUAAUGUGAACAAGAUCCUACUGAUUGAUCCUGAAUCUCGUACUAUAAUCUCGUGUGGCUCGCUAUACCAGGGGGCAUGCCACAAGUACAAGUUAGGCAACAUCAGUGCUACACCAGAAUUUAUCCCUAAAGGGAUAGCUGCAAAUAACCCCAAUGCUUCCACUUACGCGUAUAUCGGACCUAAGAAGUAUAACCAUCUCAGCAGGUCGAAUAUACUUUAUGUUGGAACUACGUUUACGAACAACGGGGAAUAUAGGCAUGAUGUUCCUGCUAUAGCCAGUCGAGACCUAGACACGCUGGAGAUAGCAGAGUAUUCCUUCAGCAAGCAGUCUCUAGUGAGCAUAGACGUGAAAUACCGCGACCAUUUCAUAGUGCAAUAUGUAUACGGCUUCAACGCGAGUGAUUACGCGUAUUUUGUGAUUGUGCAAAAACAGUCCCACUUACCGGGCCAAGAAGAACAGGGAUACGUUUCGAGACUCUCUCGGACUUGUAUCAACGAUGCUAACUACGAUAGUUAUACGGAAGUGACUUUGCAAUGUGUAGAUAGUGAUACUAAGUACAACUUAGUUCAGGAUGCUAAGAUUACAAUGGCUGGGAAAGAACUAGCAUCAGCAUAUGGUGUUUCGCCUGGCGACUACGUAUUAGUUGGUAUCUUCAGGCCAGCAAGAGGGAUAACCAACGAACCCCAGAAUCAUUCCGCCCUCUGCCUCUACCCUCUAAGAGACGUAGAGUCAAAGUUCAUAGAGAACAUCCACAUGUGUUUCAAUGGCAGUGUGAAAUAUCGUAACAUGGGGUACGUGUCAGGGCCGAUUCUCGACGGCAAGUGCCCGAACAGCGGCUCUGCCGGCAACAUUCCUAACUUCUGUGAAGUCGGCUUGAAGAUCAGCGGUAGCACGCCACUGGUCGCCUCGGCGGUGUUAACGUUUCCAAAUACGUCUUUGACAGCUGUCACCACUGCGUCCACUGGGAGGCACGUGCUGGCAUUCCUCGGUACCCACGAUGGUAAGAUCAAGAAAGUACUGCUUUCUGGACCGGAACCGCCAGAGUAUGAGGAGAUUGUGGUUGAUGAAGGCAACGCCAUAUUGCCAGAUACCACUUUGUCGCCUUCUGGAGAUUAUCUGUAUGUCCUUUCUACGUCAAAGGUAUCGAAAAUAAAUGUUGAACACUGUAGUACAUAUAGCAAUUGUUCUUCUUGCUUGGAAUCGAAAGAUCCGUACUGUGGGUGGUGUUCACUAGAAAAGAGGUGUACAAUACGAAGUGCAUGUCAAAAAGCCUCUCAUAGUGCUCCACGAUGGCUGUCCCUAGGAACAGGCCAGCAAUGUAUAGAUUUCGAGCAGGUGUUUCCAGAACGCAUUCCUAUCAACCAAAUGACAAACGUCAGAUUGACUAUCAGAACGUUGCCAUCUCUUCCCCCAGGCGCUAAGUACAAAUGCGUAUUCGGCAAUGCAGAACCAAUUGACGCAGAAUUGACUGAAAAUGGGUUGAUAUGUCCUACUCCGAGACUGUCGAGCAGGCCCGCUAUUCCUCCAAAGACAGAUCAUAUAUUGGUGUCACUCAGCGUGAGGUCUUCAGAAACAAACAAAGAUUUUGUGUCUAGGAAUUUCGCGUACUAUGAUUGUGGGAGGCACACGACGUGUGGUGAAUGUGUACGAUGUAAAUGGGCUUGCAAUUGGUGCGUCUAUGAAAAUAAAUGCACACACGACGUUUCAACAUGCCAGAGAAGCAUUAUUAGCGGAGAAAACAAUCCAAAUCGGCUACCAAACCACGGCUUCGCAUACUGUCCGCAGUUCAAGCGGAGGAAAAGUGGGAUUUUAUUGCCGAACAACGUUGUCAAAGAGAUAGUAUUCGAGGUUAUAAAUUUACCAAAUCCGUCGUCUGAACAUACUGGAUUCCAGUGCAUUAUAGCUAUAGAAGGUGCUACGAUGCUUGUUCCUGCAAGAGUUGAUGGGGAUAACAUUGUAGUUUGUGAUAAAACAACCUACCGCUACGAAGCGAACGAAGGCGAACAUGAGGCUAGCGUGAAAGUAGUGUGGAACAGAAAUCAUCACGUCGAUUCCAUUAAUGUAACAUUGUACAAAUGCGACAUUUUGGGAUCUCACAGAGAACACGCAGACUGUUCCUUGUGUAUCACCCGAAACUCUAAAUAUAACUGCACUUGGUGCCGGAACUCCUGCCAGUAUGCUGAGACGUGCCAAGAUAUUGCUCACAACGAGUGCCCUAGGCCAAGGAUUGAUAUGAUAAAGCCACUGAAUGGGCCGAUAGAAGGCGGGACACUAGUCACAAUAGAAGGCAGUAAUUUAGGUUUGAAGAAGGAAGACGUCCAGGGAAAAAUAAAAAUAGGAAACAUCACAUGCAGACUGUUGAACUAUGAAGUAUCGGUGAGGAUCCAGUGCAUCACCGGGCCUUCUGGAGUAGAAAUGAAGGCUCCUGUUAGAGUUGGGAACGAGGCUGGUUACACCAAAUCGGCGGUCGAGUUCAGUUAUAUUGAUAUCAGACUCACGGGGUUGUAUCCACCUAUAGGACCUCAGUCUGGAGGAACGCAGUUGGCUAUCACCGGCCACUAUCUGAACAUUGGUUCAGAAAUAACUGCCUACCUGGACGAGUACAUCUGUCAAGUGAAUCAUACUCAAGCUUCUAGUGGUAGGCUUACCUGCAUUACCUCCAGAGCGUCAAAGCCAGUGGCGAUAUCACGGUUAACGUUGAGUAUCGACGGGGCCAACAGAACCUUGGAGGGCAAUCCCUUUACCUACACACCCGACCCUACGAUCAUGGAAAUCAAGCCGUUGAACAGCUUCGUUUCUGGAGGUAGGAUGAUAUCAGUGCACGGGACUAAUCUGGAUAGCAUUCAGAAACCUCAGAUGGAGGUGUAUCCUUUAGGGAAGUUAAAUAUGCCUAUCAACAGGACGAUGUGCACCGUGUUAAGUGGUACUUUGAUGGAAUGCCCUAGCCCUCCAGUAAACAGGCAGUUUCAUAUUUACAGCAGUAGGUCUAGGAGGUCCCUGAGGAAACCUGCUGCUAUAAAGAUGAAAGAACUGAAGUUGCACCUCAGGAUAGGUUUUAUAAUGGACAACGUUCAGUCUGUGAGGGACUUGGAGAAACAUUUUUUGAAUCUCAGAUCGACGUUGCUAUACGUCGAGGAUCCAAAAUUCUUCAAGUUCGUCAAUGAAAUAAAGUCUUACAAAGGCGACACUCUGGUGAUCGAAGGCGAAAAUUUGAAUUCUGCCAGUGACGAAGCUGACGUUGUCGUCACAAUUGGCACAAAACCUUGCAAUGUGACAAGUUUGGCUAUGACGCAGCUGGUGUGUUCGCCUCCAGAGCAACAGCCUGCGGACACGGAUGAAAACGGAGUUAAGACUGAGACUAACCUUCCAUUAGUAGUAGUUAGAGUAGGAAGAAGCUUACGGUUUCCUAUUGGAUAUUUGCAAUACGACAUAUUCAAAUCGUUCUCAUUCCCACCGGAGGCAAUAAUUAUGAUAGCAAUUGGCACGAUUCUAUUUAUAUUAUUUUUCGUCGCUAUUUUGUUCGUAUAUCGAAGAAAAUCGACACAAGCUGAAAGAGAGUAUAAAAGGAUACAAAUACAAAUGGAUACUUUGGAAAGUAAUGUCAGAUCUGAGUGUAAAUUAGCAUUUGCAGAACUGCAAACUGACAUGACCGAUCUCACUGCCGAUCUAGAAAAUUCAGGAAUUCCAACGUUAGAUCAUACUAGUUAUAUCAUGAAAGUAUUUUUUCCUGGCGUCAGUGAUCACCCUAUUCUCAACUCGCCUAAGGUACGCAUGAAUGGACCCAGGACAAACUACGACACAGCAAUGUUGCAGUUUGAACAACUCAUUAACAAUAGAUAUUUUAUAUUAACAUUUAUAGACAUACUGGAAUCUCAGAAAUCUUUUAAUAUUAGGAAUAAGGUUAAUGUAGCGUCGUUGUUGAUGGUCGUGUUGAUGAACAAAAUGGAGUAUGCCACUGAUAUUCUAAAAAGUUUAUUAUUGCGUUUGAUAGAAAAGUCUGUAUAUACAAAACAUCCGCAGUUGAUGCUGAGAAGGACUGAAAGUGUAGUCGAAAAAAUGUUGACUAAUUGGAUGGCCCUAUGCAUGUACCGAUAUCUCAAAGAUUAUGCCGGUUCAUCAUUAUUUCUUCUCUUCAAAGCAAUAAAGCAUCAAAUAGAAAAAGGCCUUGUCGAUGCUAUUACUCACGAUGCUAGAUACUCGCUCUCGGAAGAAAGACUCUUAAGAGAAAAUGUUGAAUAUAGUGUUGUGACACUGCAUAUAGUGCAAGACGAUUUAGACGAGAAAGUCCAGUGCAAAGUUCUCGACUGUGAUACGAUCAGCCAAGUGAAAUCAAAGAUAUUAGAUGCUCUCUUUAAGAAUACGCCGUUCUCUCUAAGGCCUUCUAUCCACGAGGUCGACCUCGAAUGGAGGCACGGCAGGGGUGGUCAUUUGACCUUACAAGACGAAGACCUCACCACAAAAACGAUAAACGGUUGGAAGAAACUGAAUACAUUAGCUCAUUAUGGAGUAAAAGAAAGUGCGGUGAUGUCACUGAUCUCAAGACAAAAUGACAGCUUUAAUAAUUGUAAAACGCUUUGCCAUACGUGUGUUACUGGGAUGUAUCUCAACAAUUCACAAUCACCUAUCAUAACCACAAAUGGAGACAUAGAAGCAGCUAACAAUCCUAGGAUAUAUCACUUAGUGAAGCCUAUUGACGAUCAUCAGUUCCCUAACAAUAAGCUAUCAGAGAGAACUCAUAAAGCGAUACCGGAAAUAUUUCUCACAAGGCUGCUUUCCACAAAGGGCACGAUACAAAAGUUCGUCGAUGAUUUUUUCUUAACCAUCUUGACUGUAAACGAAGCUUUACCCCCGGCAGUAAAAUGGUUGUUUGAUCUUCUGGACGAUGCAGCUAGAAAACAUGGCAUCCAGGACCCUGAGGUUGUCCAUGCGUGGAAAUCGAACAGCCUUCCAUUAAGAUUCUGGGUGAAUUUCAUCAAGAACCCAGAUUUUAUUUUUGACAUCAAUAAAACGAACACUUUGGACUCUUGCCUGUCUGUCAUUGCUCAAACAUUCAUGGACGCGUGCUCUACCACUGAACAUAGGCUGGGCAAGGACUCUCCAUCAAACAAGCUGCUCUUUGCCAAGGAUAUCCCGAGGUAUAGGGAGAUGGUAUCCCAGUUUUACAAUGACGUAGCCAUGUUGCCAUGUAUAACUGAUCAAGAAAUGGGGUCAGCAAUGCAACAACUAUCUGCACAGCAAGCAGAUGAGUUUGACACAGUCGCAGCGUUGAAAGAACUCUAUAUUUACGUCACCAAAUAUAGAGAGCCGAUUUUGGAGGCGUUGACGACUGAUCCAAACUGCAGGAGAUUGCAUUUAGCCCAAAAGAUGGAAAGCGUUGCCUACACAUUGGGUGGUGAUGAGACGUCUAGUUGCUGACCACAAAGGUCACCUGAUCCUUUGCUGCCAAGGCAUUUGGCACCCUGAUCCCAAGCUAAACAUCUACAAACAUGCUUUUCACUGCUUAACUACAGAUUUGAGUCUUACGGGAAUCCAGACCCCCUUAAAUUCUUGACGAAUCAAAAUAUCGAUUUUUAGAUUGCGACUUGAAUUUAUCGGAUAGAUUUUGAACACAUUCCCGCCAGGCUUCCUAAUGCCGUCGAUAUUUAAGGUAUUUUUAUAGGUAGGUUAUGUUUUCUAUUGAUUUAGAUAAAUGAGUUCCUAUUUUUCUUGGUGACACUGAAACAAUGCUUAUGUAUCACUCACAACUAUGAACUGUUUUAUAUACCAAAUAUAUUUUUCACAGAUUGUGCAAGUAAAGCUACAAACGCACUUUUCACAUUCACGUUUUUACUUGGUUCCUAAAUAUUAUUUUUAAGUAUUAGCUAUACUAUUACCGAUUGAAUAAAGUAUGAAAACCAAAACGAAAAUUUGUAGAGAACGGUAAGAUCAGAAAAAAUAGUUCGCUCAUUUUUUUAGAAUGAAAGUUUUUGAUUUUGUCCUAGCGUGUACGAGUUUAAGUUUUUGGUUAUCAAAUUGUCUCGCCUAAUUUAUAAAUUUAGAGGUAAUAGACGCUUAACAAAUAUUCCUAAAGCAGAACAGCGAAAUAUGAAGUGAUGCGAAAGUGCAAAUGUAAAAAGCUGGCUGAAUAGUUGCGAGAUAGAUAAUUGAAAAUAACGUGCUUUAGAUCUUCUUCGGUCUUUCUACUUUCGGGGUUUGCUACCAGAUCAACCCUGUAUUUAACUCCCGAUGCAAAAAUGAGAGGUAUUAUAAGUUUCACAUGUGUAUUUAUGUGUAUGUGGCAUCCUAGCUCCCUAACGGAUUAAUCUACUUUGUGCGUUUUUUUAUUGGAAUUCUUAUAACCAUGAUGACCUGUACCUGCUUUAGCAGUUAUACUUUACAACAGCUAUGUAAAACUAAGUCACAGGUGGGUCAGAAGCUUGAAGACUCGGUGGACCAAAAAAACCUAUAAUCUUGACAAGAAUGUUUAUUAAAUUUACGAAAAAAAGGACAUUACAAAAAACAAUUAUUAAUUUUUUUUUAAAUAUUUUGCUGAUUUCGUCAUUUAGUUGAAUAUUUGGCGCAGCAGAAAUAACUUUUAAAACUACCCAAAAAGUAGAUAAAUGCAUAAAUGCAGUUACCAUGUUUUUUAGCAUUUUGACGAUGUGUUAAAUGCAUUUAAACGUGCUGCUGCUUCUUUAUGGGUUAUCAAUUAUUACAAAAACAUUUCCGAAAUGUGAGAAUAUCGGCCCUCAAGUGUGUUUUAUCACCCCUCAGGGUGACCACGGACUCAUUUUUGCUCAUUAUUUUUUUAGGGUACUCAUUUAUUUCAUAACUCAUUUGUCGCACUUUUUUGGCGUUUCCACAAAGGCAUACUAAAUCGUCACUAAAUCGAAAAUUAUAUAAAUGUGAGAAUAUUGGUCCUCAAGCUCAAGGUCACCCGUCAAGGUGACCACGGACUCAUUUUUGCUCAUUAUUUUUUUAUGGUACUCGUUUUUACUCAUUUAUUUCAUAACUCAUUUUUCGCAUUUCCACAAGGCAUACUAAAUCGUCACUAAAUCAGAAUUAAACAUCAUUAUGUAUUAAGUAGGCUAAAACACGUGACCCUUGAUGUUGCUCUUCACGAAAUCUUGAAUCGUAAAACAUUGUGAAUCCAAAAAUGAUGUUUUUUUUCGGAGUUGGAUGAAACUCCAUGUCGCAUGCCACAAAAGAAUUUUGAGAAUUGGCGGAGUUAUAGACAAAAGAUGAAAAAAAAACGCUUAAAAUAAUUUUUUGAUGUUUCAGUUCCUAACAUUUCCGACAAUCUUUUUUUAGGGGUUAAAAAUUGGGGGUUAGGGAUUGUAAGGGUGGAGGAUGUUGUGACUCAAUUUUUGGGCGUUAGUAUAUUUACACAUUUCCAACCGCAGUAAUUCUACGCACCUGUUAGAUGGGUCACACAAUAAAAACAUUUUAUUAUUAUAUUUCACAUAUUGUUUUCCCUUAGAACGCUCAUCCAGUGAUACCGCUUUUUCCCACAGUUAUUGGAAUUUUGAACACUCAAUCGACCCUUACUUUUUGUUAAGCUUUAACCAAUCUUAUAAAAUAGUUAUAAAGUUCCGUUUAAUGAUCAUGUUCUUUAGUCGCUCCAUCCACCUUCAGAAACGUCGAUUUUACUCAUUUUGUGCCGUUUUCACUUAUUUUUUGUUCAUUUUUUCUCCUAACUCGUUUUUUUCCGAGCUUGUAAUAAUACUCAACCUAGAGCCUUUACUGUGUCGAAGCCUGGAUGUCUCCCGUCAGCAUCCUCUUGGAGUGACUCCGCUAUUUUUUAGAAAACAACUGUUUGCUGCUUAUUGAUAUUUGUAAAGGGUGUCUCAAUAAGAGCGAUGGAUUUGAUUUUCAAGAAAAUCACGAUUUCUUUUAGAAUCAAGCGAGUAUUUAUAUUUCAACGUGAAGAGGAAUAGUUGCGAUUGAACAUGAAUCAGGAGAUCCGGUAAAUGGUCACCACGGAAUCUCUGGCACAGGGUCGGUAUUUUCUUAAAUUUCUGGAUUACGUUUUCGCACAACUGUGGCUCUAUUUCGUCGAUAACGCGCCGUAUCUCUCCUUUAAGGCGUUCAACUCUUUGUGGCUUGUUCGCAUAUACCUUUUCCUUCACAUGGUCAGAGGAAGAUGUCCAUUCGCAUCAGAUCGCACGAUCUUGGUGGCCAAUUUUGAUCGCCAAAUCGAGAGAUGACACGGUCUGGAAACUUGGUCCGCAGUAAUACAAUUUUUUCACGUGCUGUGUGGCUGGUCGCACCGUCUUUUUGGAAGAACAGCGCCCAAUCAACGAAUUCGCGGCGCUGCGCAUGGUCCGUUUGCUUGAGUGCUUGCGUCAGGUGAACCUUGUACGCAUGCAAGCACAGAUCUUUUGUCAAAAUUCGUUGCAGAGUGGUCUAGUAAGGUUCAAUUCUUGGCCACGAUGCCGAGUGGAAGUGCCUGGAUUCUCGGCCACACUUUCCCCGCACUGCGACUAUUUUUUCAAGGGACCGACGAGGACGGUGACGUCGACAUUCAGCAACGCGAACAGAAUAAUUUGUGAACUGUUUCCGCGUAACUUUCUCCAUUUUUGUACUGAGUUUCCACACUAAUUAAACGUUGCUCAUUUGAAUACGACGUCUAAUCGCUUGGUCUGGACAUGACAGCUGUCAUCAAGUAAACACCAUAUCGUUUGUACAAAAAAAAAUGGCGGCAGAUUCAAAUCCGGCGCUCUUGUUGAGACACCCUUUAGGUUUAAUAUCAAUCUUUUGAUGCAAUGUUCUAUCUCGACAACUGUUCAGCAUAUAUUCUAAGCGCAAGUAUGGUGAUAUAUAAAUAGUGAAAAGCAUGUUGUGUACUAUUGAGCAUAUACUGUGAUAUGGCACAUGAUCAGGUGACUGUGUACUUACCCCCUCCCUUCCCGGCAGCGCCUAGUUUCCUUUACGAGUGCCUCGAUAAGCUGAUGGGUCUUCAAAAGGACAGUACACAUUUUUAAACAGUAAAGGCAUCGUUCAGUAGAUCUAGAUAGACGCUGGAUUUGCUGAACUGCAGUCAAUAAAAUAAACGUAGAGCGCAUCAUAGCGCGGUUCUAUUUGGUCCAGUUAAAAUAGAUUAAGUAGGAAUUUAUAAUUUGUUCUACAUGUAUUAGAAUGUUGUUCUUAUUUUGCAAAAUGUCGGUGAAUGUAACGUAUUGUCUCUCUGCUCUACAUUAUUUUCAAAUAAAACCAUCCAAAAACGAAUUUGGUGUCAUUUCUAUAGACAAGCUUAGCAAAAACAGAACAUUGUGAACAACUUGAGAGAAAAGAAAAAUAAGCGUCGGCGGGAUUCGAACCCGCAUCUCCUCAGUUGGGUUGGCCCCACGGAAUGGAGGAGAUGCGGAAUCAGAUUCAGCCGGCGCCACUUUUUCUUUUUGUAACAUCAUUUUUAUAUCGGUACAGAAAUUACAGAAAUCAACCGAGGAAAAUAGUUAUCGAAUUUUGAAUUUUGUGAAGCAGAGGGAAUGUAGGUGCAGUUUGAUGUAAGAUUUCAAAUUUUUGACAUUCCACAGGAGGAUGUCCCGUGCUUGUUGUCGUCAGUCCAAAAAUAAAGCAACUUCUAUAUACAAACUAGUUAUGGCCUAAAUGUAAAUCUUGUCAUCAGUAGAAUAUUACCAAUAAAUUAGAAGAGUGAUAUGAUACUGUAGAGUUGGAAAAAGUAUGUGUUCCAGUUUUUUGACUGUUUUGCGCUUUAAUAUUUAUUUUUCAAAAAUGAUCCGGUCAAAAGUUGUUGAGUCUAUAUUAACUUGAUCUUUGUUUCGAAAUUUUUGGAAUUCCUAUGCUCUCGCAGCUCAUUCGAUUCGGAAUAACCAGAAAGGAGUAUUUUUCAAAAUUCAUGUCUUUAACGCUCUUUCAAAAACAUUUGUAGGUUCUUUCUACUAAAAAUUAAUAAUUCCAAGUUUUGUCAUUGAAGUCGUAAUACUUGCGAAAUACUACAAAUAAAAAAUAAGUGCAGCCGUCUUUUCUAUCCAAAUGUUAUACUAUUUUCAAAAGAGCAUUAAAUAGGCUAGUUUUUAAUAUCAUUUACCGAUUCAGUCUGGCACAUUUUUUUCACAGUAAUUAGUCAAACUUUAGUAAAGGUUUUCACACUGACACAGAAUGUCAGCAUACCGAGCUUAGUUUUCAAUGAAAUGAAUACUCGGCUGUCUCAACCAACUAUUAAUAGUAGCCCACCAAAAAACUCAUAAGUUAGAAGUUCUUAAUAGCCAUAACAGGCAAAAAGUAGUGAUUUUUUGAAAAAACUUAAAAGUGGCAAUAUCUCGAAAAUGUGAAAACUUUUACCAAGGUCAUGUUGAUUUUAUCUGAUUGAUCUAAAGCCAAUUUACUCCCCGUGUCACUCUGGCGUGUUAUUUCUGGGACACCCUGUAUAGUUAUGGAAUUAAGAAUGUAGAUUUUUGAGAGUAUAGAAAUUCAUAACUUUUCGAAAAAGGAUCACAGUAGGUCUACAUACGUCCACGUUUAGGGUCCUAUAGUUAGAGCGUAUGAAAUAGUGUGAACUGUGCCAGAACUUUCAAACUGAUUUGGAAAUACUUUACUACUGUCUCCGAAUAUUGUUAAUGAAUAUUUAAAUAUAAAAAUCAACGCAUAAGUAACUUAUCGUCUAUUUUUUCUUGUAAAUAUAUUAACAACUGUGCAUAUAGAUUAUUAUAACGAUUUAUGAAAAGUGUUUAUACCUAGGCGUACUAUAUACUUCACUACUAGAUUGUGUUAGGUAUAAUUUUUUAUUGUAAACAAUUUUUACAAAUCUUAUACAUGUAGCAACUCCUUGUUUAAAAUGUGGCUGUUGAAAAUAUUGAUACCGACUCAUCUAUUUUUAUUGUAAUCAAACUAUUUAAAUUUAGAAUAUUUUUAAAGAACGAAGCCACAUUCCAAACGAGUGUUUAUAAAUUUUUAUAUUUAAAAAUAUGGA